AUGAAGCAACGAUUAAGGAGAAAUUUAAAGUUUUUAACAUUUUUAAAAAAAGGAAGAUCUUCUAUGACAUUUAAAAACACAAUGAAUUUAACUUUUAAUUUUGAAUCAUUGCGGAAAAGUGAGACUCGAAUUUUCUGCAUUCUAAAUAAAAUUAUUCCAACAUGCAACGAGUUGCUUUGUGACUUGAGAAUGAUAAUAUUUUAUGGUUUCAACUUAAUUCAAUUAGCAAAUGUUCCAGAGUAG